AUGGCGGACAGAGACAAGAGGAAGAACAGCGCCCAGCCGCCCAACUCCCCGGCCAGCUUCAGGUCCAGACCAGCAGUUCAGACUCGCACUUCCUGGAAUGCUCCUAUCGUGUGGGAACUGAUGUUUAAUGCCAAUCUUUUUGACCAAAAACACAAAAAAGCAAACACAAGUGUGGCCGUCACCGUGUUUGCUGUUGGAAGAUACCUGGAGGCCUACCUCAAAACUUUCAUAACCUCAGCAGAAAGACAUUUUAUGCUGGGAUUACCAGUGACGUACUACGUGUUCACGGAUUCACCAGAAAGCGUAUCGAAUUUUGUUCUUGGUCCACAGCGAAAACUAAAAGUUGUACGGGUGGAUAAGUACAGCAGAUGGCAGGACAUCUCCAUGAUGCGAAUGAAGACGAUAUCAGAGACGAUUGAAAAUGAGCUCCGGCACAGCUUCACACAUGUCUUCUGUUUUGAUGUGGACCAGGAAUUUAAGGGCAGGUUUGGCUCUGAGGCUCUGGGAGAGUCCGUGGCCAUGCUCCAUGCCCACUAUUACAAACUUCCAAAGAACAGGUUCACCUAUGACCGAAACCCU